UAUAUACUUCUUGAGCUCACAACUCUAAUCAUACCACUCAAGUUCCCAUUUGGUAUCUUGUAUCAGGAAACAUGCCCAGCAUUAAUAACUAAUGAGCUUGUCUGUCACAUUAUUUAGUUUUAUUUGCCUCAUAGCACCAAUCAUAUUGGCAGGUGUAUUAUUUACUGAUUUGUCUUCCCAAGACAGACUAUAUACUAGGCUAUAAACCUGACUUAUCUACCCUUUCAUCUCUAGUACCUAGAAAGAAAACAUCUAGUAGGCCUUCAACAAAUAUUUGUUGAAUGAAUAAAUCAAUGUUGUUUUCUGGAAAAUAAUAUACAUUGUGUUUAAGUAAUUUCUUUUUAUUCCAGUGUUUCUUAGUGUUAUUAAGAAAGGUUGCUGUUGGCCAGGUACAGUGGCUCACACCUGUAUUCUCAGCACUUUGGGAGGCUGAGAUCAGCUGAGGUCAGGAGUUCGAGACUCCUGGCCAACAUGGUGAAACCCUGUUUCUACUAAAAAUACAAAAAUUAGCUGGAUGUUGUGAUGCAUGCCUGUAAUCCUAGCUACUCGAGAGGCUGAGGCAGGAGAAUCGCUUGAAUCCGGAAGGUGGAGAUUGCAGUGAGACAAGAUCCGCCACUGCACUCCGGCCUGAAAGACAGAGCGAGACUCCAUCUCAAAAAAAGAAAAAGAAAACUUCAGUUUAAGGGACAGAUCAGGCCGAGAACGGUGGCUCAUGCCUGUUAUCUCAGCACUUAUGCGAUACCGCGGAGGGAGUAUCACUUUGAUGCCUGGGAAUCAGUGAGAUCCCAUCUCCACAAAUAAUUACUACUAUUAAUAAUUUAAAAUCUGAAAAAAAAAGGAGGGGGGUGGAUCAAGUUAAAAUAAGUAUAGGGUUAAAGUUGAUAUAUUUAAAAAUGCAGAAAUAGUUGUAAGAUCGUAUCAUUAAGAGGGAUAACUCUCAGGGCAGAGAUAGAAAUGUACCAUAUCUCAGCCUUUAGAAUCUCAAUUUCCCAUUGGACCAUGAGAGAUGAACUAGGACCUAAUUGGGUUUGUUUCCUCCCCGUUUCUUAAAAAGGUUUAUGUGAGUUGCAUUUCAAGUCCUGUAGAGGUACGUUUAACAGUUUUCAAAAAAAAACUCACCAGGACUUCGUGAGAAAUGAGGGUGGCAGCACGCCCAGACAUGGGACACUCAAGGCAGCUUACUGCCCCUCUACUGUUUUGUUUUAGUGGGCCGACCUAGCUCCAAAAACGGUUUGACCACAAUGCUAGGAUUUCGCUAGGACUUUUAUUUUUAUUUCACUCCCCUACUUUACUGCUUUUUCAAUGUAUCAAUCCAGACGCGUGUCUGGUCAAACUCUCAGGUUUACGGCAAAAAUCAUCAUUUCAGACAUUUGCUAAACGCUCUCCAGAAAGUCAUUUUCAGGGGUUCACAGUGAGACGGUGAACAGGUUGGCACAGAGUUAGUAGGGGCAGUUUUGUUUCGAUUUGCGGGCAAACCUCUCAGAUGUCGCCGAUUAACUUUCACCCGCAGUUCCCAAAGCCGCUUAAGGCCGUUUCCCGCGCUCUGCCACGCCGCAGGCCGAUGCUGCCGCAGAGAAACAGGAAGCGCCGCCCCCGGGCGUCUGGGUCCUCGCUUCCUCAACCCGCAGCCCCGCGGCGGCGCGCUCGCCCGGUGCAUUGUGGGCGCUGUAGUCCGGCCGGAACUUGUUUGCCACCCCGAGUCCCGUGACACCGCUUCUUCUCACACCCCAGUCCGCAGUGCCCCUUCCCGGCCUCGGCCGGGCCUCCCGGGACCUGGGCCCGGCGUUCCGGCGAGUCAGCUGUUUCUCCCCUGGGCACGGAGGCGGAAGCUUGAGGGGCGCGGGGAGGAGCUUCGCGCGUUGGACGAACGCCUGCCCUACGUGCUCGUUCGCUUCGCAACCGCUGCGCGCGAGCCCCGUGUCCCCGCGGCGGGCAGCAGCGGCGUCGUCGGCUGAACGCGGAGGGGGCGGAGGGAGCCCGCGGCGGCAGCAGCAGCUACAGCGAAAUGGCGGAGACCGUGGCUGACACCCGGCGGCUGAUCACCAAGCCUCAGAACCUGAAUGACGCCUAUGGGCCCCCCAGCAACUUCCUCGAGAUCGAUGUGAGCAACCCUCAGACGGUGGGGGUCGGCCGGGGCCGCUUCACCACCUACGAAAUCAGGGUCAAGACAAAUCUUCCUAUUUUCAAGCUGAAAGAAUCUACUGUUAGAAGAAGAUACAGUGACUUUGAAUGGCUGCGAAGUGAAUUAGAAAGAGAGAGCAAGGUUGUAGUUCCCCCACUCCCUGGGAAAGCGUUUUUGCGUCAGCUUCCUUUUAGAGGCGAUGAUGGAAUAUUUGAUGACAAUUUUAUUGAGGAAAGAAAACAAGGGCUGGAGCAGUUUAUAAACAAGGUUGCUGGUCAUCCUCUGGCACAGAAUGAACGUUGUCUUCACAUGUUUUUACAAGAUGAAAUAAUAGAUAAAAGCUAUACUCCGUCUAAAAUAAGACAUGCCUGAAAUUUGGCAAGAAGGGGCAAAAACGUGACUAUUAAUGAUUGAUAUGCACCAGUGAAGAAGUUCUAACUUUUAGCAUGCUGCUCAGAAACUGGUAUAACAUGCCUUCAGUAUACUAACACUCAUGCUCGGUUUUAUUUUGGCAGUUGACAAGAAGUUAAUUUGCUUUAGUGAAAAUCCCUCAUUCCAUACCUUUCUAUAUGAAUAGCUCUUUCUUGCUGUUUUAAUGUGGUGCACACUAUAGCCUCACAAACCUGUUAUUCCAAUGUAAUCUGCAGUGUCCUAACUAAAGUUGCUGGCUUGGUCUUAUUUGCACAGUUUUUGUGUCUUCUUUGCUUCUUGCAUUUGAUUAACUAGAAUAUUUCUCUUUCCCCCUUUUAAUGUGUCUAUGUCACUUGACCUAAUUUAUGUGUAGGAGCACUACACCAUUGGUUUCCAACACUGCACACAUAAGAUACAUACUUGUGUGCAGCAAGCAUCUUCCUUCAGGCUUGUACUACCCUUCACAUGGAAGAUUAAUGAGGGAAAUCUUUAUAUUCUGUAUAAAAACAAAAUCAAAUUUAUAUACUAAAAUCAUUUGUCUAAAAAUUUAAGUUGUUUUCAAAUAAAAAUUAAAAUGCAUUUCUGAUAUGCA